AUGAUCAACGGCACAAAGCUGCUCACAUUGGCUGGUAUGACAGCAGCACGCAAAGGCGCUUUGCUGAAGAGUGAGAAGACUAAACACGUGGUUAAACUCGGGCCAACACAUUUCAAAGGCGUCUGGAUUCCGUUCGAGCGUGCCUUGGAAUUGGCGACCGCGGAAAAGGUCGUCGACUUGCUAUAUCCCUUGUUCGUGGAUGACAUCGGGUCACUCGUAUAUCAGACUUUGGAUCAGAAGCUCACGCCUUAUAUCGACUCUCAACCCCAAUUCGAAAACGUGAAGGAAACGACUGGGAGUAGCAAAGCUAGAUCAGCUCACUCUUCUGUGAAGAAAGAGGAGGACGAGGAUUCACAAUUGCUCGCCCUGGACACUGUGCAACAUGUCGAACUCCAGGAGCUAGGAAUUCUUGGGUCACUAUUCAAAUCUCUCACAGAGACGCUGGGACUCAUCAUGAAGGAGUUCAGAAGCCAAUCUAGUGAUGCCGCGCAUUACAUUUCUCUAGAGUCAACCUGCGCGACUUUGUUAUUCUGGGGCACCGACCUUGGACUGCCGCGAGGCGAGCUCGACGAUGUGCUUCAAGGCUCUCCCCAGUUGCGCAACACUUGCCUGGCCGUUCUUGUAUCCAUCUCUCGAUUUGUGAGCACUUCUUUGAUAAACCUUGUCAUCAGUGAACAUCACCGAAAAGAGAUUUUACAGUCUACCGAUUUUGCGACUGCCCUGGAACAAGUCACGGACAUGAUUGGUCGACAACAUGAUUACGCUUAUCAGCCCGAGCAAGACGCGGAGACAAUGUGUCAGACCCUCCGUACGAAGAUUGAUACACUGGUCAUGUUGGCACCCAGCCUGGAAUCGCCGGCGGAAGAAAUUUUCGACGAGGAGAAGCCUCGUACUAUCCAAGACAUUGGAGAAACCCUACCGGAACAAGCCUACGCUAGCAGUGUUGCAGAAAAGUUCCCUUUUGCUCCACCAGAAAUGGUGGCACAACUUGGGAGGUUGAACUGGGAUCGAUAUAAUCACAUCCUUCGUCUGCAACGGGAAGCAAUGAAGCAGGAGCUUCAAGAGACGACUCUCGAAAAAGCAAGAACCAUCUUCCACGACUCUGGUCUGGGUACCUCGGUACCAGCCCAAACAAUUGCGGGAGUAAAAGCAGAACCUGUUUACGAACCUUCGAUCAUGUCAAGCAGGGCUGAGGCAAGUCACAAGCGUGUGCCACCACUGCCAGCCCAAGCGCGGGCUGGCGAGCCUUUCACAUGCGAGAUCUGUGAAAAGCAGGUACAGUUCCAACGAACCAAAGCAUGGAAGAAGCAUGUGUUUGAUGAUAUCCUCGCAUACGCUUGUUUCUUCCCCGAAUGCCACGGAACAGGCGUCUUUUGGGAGAACGGCGAUGGGCUGAUGAACCAUCUACAAGAUCAGCACGGCAUGGACGCUCGAGUCUCAGAAGUGACAUGCCCCUUAUGUGUUGAGUUCACUUCACGGGACCGUGAUCUGUUAUCACUCCAUAUUGCACGUCAUAUGGAAGAGAUCGCCCUUGCAAUACUACCUUCCGGUGUUGAUUCCGACGAUGAGUUGACAGACCGCUCAAGUGACCGCAGCAAUGCUCGGUCUGACGAAGACGACCUGUCUUCUCUGAAAGCACAAGGCAAGGACAAUGGAUCGUCUUCGGAUCCAUCAGAUAUCAAAAUCCCCACUGAAGAACCUAAAUCUGGAGGGAUGAUAAACAUUAAGCAUGCGUGGAAAAGGCUUGGGCGAAGUUACGGAAAUCUGACUAGUACACAGUGGGCGACAUUCGAAUACUCUCACGAUGGCGUUGCGACAGAAUAUACCAUUCGGCGUGACAUCGAGACGGUAGACGUUGAGUGUUUACCUCAUGGAUUCAAGAUUGAUAACUGCAUCUUCCCACGUGCACUGGUUCCUCAGGACCAGUACAAGGGCAAUCGUUGGGGUUAUGAGAACAGUUGCAACGUUAUUGGCUGGGCGCUAGCCGAACUGAAUCCAUCCAUUCAAGGUCAACGUGGUGUACUGCAAAAAGCAGUGGAGAGUGUAUUUGCCCCGUUCAAUUCGAGCGAAACGCAUACUGCUGGUACUCAAGAGCAAGGAACAGCACCUAUAUCGUCCGUCGAGAGCUCAAAGGAGGAACUACCUGGUGACGCGUGCAAAAGCACGACGGAUCGCCGCAUGACACACGAAGGCGAAUUCGUAUCUAGCCCAUCUCCUUGA